UCAGAUUAUUUUUAACAAAUGACUAUAAGUUAAUCAGGUCAUCAUCAAGAUAUUCUACAACGAUUCAAUUGCUGAUAUUUUGUUGAAACAUUAAUAAAGCUUUUAAUUGCAACAAUCAAUGGCCAAAACGAAGAUUGAAAAAAAAUCUACAGAAAUACAAUCAUCAAGACACAAGAACUUUCAAAAGAAACAGCUUAAAGAAAAUAAAAGCUAUAAUUAAUAGAAACUCUACAAGUAUCAAAAGAAUAUAAGACGAAAUUGAAAAAAAAACAAACUGCAAGGAGCUAAAAAACGAAAAGAAACACUUAAUAAAAUAUAACAAAGAAAUAAAAUACUCAACGCUUAAUUGAAGUAAUCAAGACAUGGACAGCAACUAAAUAAGUACGAAAAAAGAAGAGAAAAACUAAUGAAAACUAAAUAGAAAUACCAGAAAAUUACAAUAAAAACGAAUAAAAACAGUUGGUUUUUUUCUGUGCGGCAUUACAACAGCAAAAAUUAAAGUAAUUAAAGAAAAUCUUUAAGUUGCAGAUGGUUAAACCAUGAGAAUUAAACUAAAAAGUAUAGCACAAUAACUUAAAACCCGCAUACACAAACAAAUCAAUAACCACUAAAUCCCUAGAAAAGUUGCUGUAAGGCAAAAAGAAAAAAAAAAAAAAUAACAAAAGCAAAAAUCUAAAAACAAACUGUUGCCAUUAUUUCAUGCAAUUUAAAUUAUAAAAUUUAUCUUUGUCAUCGUCAACAUUGAGGCGACAAAGCUCUAUUUUUUUUAAAUCAGCUUAUUUUCUUAAAUUUCCAUGUAAAUACUAAAUGAAAUUCUUUUUGAAACUUAAAACCCUUAAAUGUGUGUUGGUGUACAGUGUGUGGCAUGAAGCAUUAUAAAUUGUAGCAGUAAUAACAACAACAUCAACAAAACACUCACUUUAACACACAUUCAAUCUUCAACAGAUACGAUUUAUUUUUUUAAUAUUUUUUUGCAUUUUUUUCCUCGCCCGUAUAAUAAAAAGCAAUUUGAAUAAAUGUUUUUGUGGUUUUGAUGGCAUGUGGUAAAUGAAACCAGAGCUGAGAAGAUUAUUAUUCCAUGAAAUUUGAUUUUCACUUUGAAUGGACUCAACAGCUUUUAAUAUUCAAAUGCAUAUUUGGAAAUUUCUAUUAAUUGUUACAAAAUUUGUACGUAUUGGUAUUGCCGAUAAAAACGAUUCACCGCCUUAUUUUGAUAAAUUUUUAUACGAGACUGAAAUUGAUGAAAAUGCCGAUUUACAGACAACAGUACUCACAGUUAAUGCCAAAAAUCACAAUGAGUCCUCGAGUAUUCGAUACUCGAUCACAGGCGGUAACAUAGGCAAUGCUUUUGGUGUACAUAAUAAUACUGGAGCUAUAUUCGUAGCAUCACCCUUAGAUUAUGAAACUAGACCAAGGUAUGAAUUACGCUUGGAAGCUUCACGUAGUCGUAAGACAAAUUACACCACCGUUAUAAUAAAUGUACGGGAUGUUAAUGAUAAUCCACCGACAUUUGAUCGUCAAACAUAUCGUACACAAAUUACAGAAGAAGAUGAUCGUAAUUUUCCUAAACGUAUAUUACAGGUUACUGCCACCGAUGGCGAUGUAGAUAGACCCAUAAAUAUUGUAUAUUUUCUCACCGGUCAGGGUAUAGAUCCUGACAAUACAGCUAAUAGUAAAUUUGAUAUAAAUCGUACAACGGGUGAUAUUUUUGUUUUAAAGCCCCUUGAUCGCGAUCAACCGAAUGGCCGACCACAAUGGCGCUUUACAGUAUUUGCCCAAGAUGAGGGCGGUGAAGGUCUAGUCGGCUAUGCCGACAUACAAGUUAAUCUCAAAGAUAUCAACGACAAUACACCACAAUUUCCUCAGGGCGUUUAUUAUGGUAACGUAACGGAAAAUGGCACCUCCGGUUUAGCAGUGAUGACCAUGUCAGCCGUAGACUAUGAUGAUCCCAACGAGGGUACACAUGCCAAACUUAUAUAUUCGAUAGAGAAAAAUGUCAUCGAAGAAGAGACGGGAGCACCAAUAUUCGAAAUCGAACCCGAUACGGGUGUUAUCAAGACAGCAGUCUGUUGUCUGGAUCGUGAGCGGACGCCCGACUACUCCAUACAAGUGGUAGCCAUGGAUGGUGGUGGACUUAAGGGUACUGGUACGGCUUCUAUAAGAGUAAAAGAUUUAAACGAUAUGCCACCCAUGUUUACCAAGGACGAAUGGUUCACGGAGGUGGAUGAAACAAAUGGCACUUAUAUACCAGAAACACCUAUACUAACGGUGACAGUGCAGGAUGAGGAUGAAACAAAUUCAUUUCAAUAUAAAGUAGUGCCCAAUAGUGGUUUGGGUUCGGAUAAAUUUGCAAUGGUACGUAAUACUGAUGGUACUGGUUCCUUGAAAAUCAUACAGCCGUUGGACUAUGAAGAUCCCAUGCAGAGCAGUGGUUUUCGUUUUCGCAUACAGGUCAACGAUAUGGGCAAUAAUGAUAGUGAUAAAUAUCAUUUGGCCUAUUCAUGGGUGGUGGUUAAGCUGCGUGACAUCAAUGAUAACUCACCGCAUUUCGAGAGGGAACGCAUCGAAUUGUCGGUGUAUGAAGAUACAAAAGUUGGCACGAUAUUGGAACAGUUCAAAGCUACCGAUGCCGAUCAGGGUGGCAAGAGUAAGGUUAGCUAUAAACUGGUAAGAGCCAGUAAUCGUAAACGUCAAUUUGCUAUUAGCGAUAAGGGAGCGAUAAGCAUACAAAGAUCUUUAGAUCGUGAGACCAACGAACGACAUCAACUGGAAAUUUUGGCGGUAGAUGAUGGUGUAGUACCGCGCACAGCGACUGCGGUACUUACGGUCAUCGUUAAAGAUGUCAAUGAUAAUGCUCCCGUAUUUAAGGAGGAUUAUCGUCCCGUUUUACCUGAAAAUGUUAGCCCGCGUAAAUUUAUAGAAGUGGCAGCUAAAGAUGCUGACGAUAGAGCGCGAGGGAACGGAGGACCCUUCACAUUUCGUAUGGAUCCUAUGGCCAGCGAUGUGAUAAGAUCGAGUUUUAAGCUGGAAUAUGAUAGAAGAGCUGAUAAUGGUAAUGGCGCUGCGAUUAUUUCUUCUUUGCGACCCUUCGACCGUGAACAACAAAAAUCCUACCUCAUACCCAUCGAAAUCAAAGACAAUGGUUCACCAGCCAUGACUGGCACUUCAACAUUAACAGUAAUUAUAGGCGAUGUUAAUGAUAAUAAAAUGCUGCCAGGCAGCAAGGAAGUGCUGGUCUAUAAUUAUCAGGGCCAGUCACAUGACACCCCCAUUGGGCGGGUGUAUGUCCACGAUCUAGAUGAUUGGGACGUGGUGGACAAAAAGUACUAUUGGGAACAACAGGAACAUCAACGUUUCAAAUUGGACACCGAUACGGGUAUUGUAAACAUGAAAGCUGGCACCCGUAGAGGUCGCUACAAUCUGCGCUUUAAAGUUUAUGAUCGUGAGCAGGGCCAAGUUGAUGUGCCAUCGAAUAUGACGGUCAUAGUUCGAGAUAUAACCCAGGAAGCUGUACAGCAGGCUGGUUCUAUGCGCCUACAAGGUAUUAGUGAUGAAGAAUUUGUGCGGACUUGGGAUUUCAUGCAGCACAAGCAAAUGCGUUCCAAACUGGAAAGAUUUCGCGAUAAACUGGCUGAAUUACUUUACACCGAGCGUGAUAUGGUUGAUGUGUUUAGUGUCCAAACUAAAAGUGAAGGUUAUACAGAUGUUCACUUUUCUGCCCGCCCUGCCAACCAACAGCCUUACUUUAAGGCCGUCAGAUUGAAUGGUGUAGUGCUAAUGCAACGUGAAGAAAUAGAGCGGGAGCUGGGUCUGAACAUCACAAUGGUAGGCAUAGAUGAGUGUCUGCAAGAGCCGGGUAAAUGUGAGGGCUCUUGCACCAAUCGUGUAGAAAUUAAUAGACUUCCUUAUACAGUCAAUGUUAACAAAACUGCCUUGGUAGGCGUAAGACUAGACAUAACCGCCGAAUGUUAUUGCAAGGCCCGCAAUUACAGCAAAGAAGACUCCUGCCGCACACUGAACUGUUUUAAUGGUGGCCGCUGUGUGGAGACGCGUAACGGUCCACGUUGUGUCGCCUGUCCUAUAGGCUAUAAUGGUCCUAGAUGUCAACAAAAUACCCGCAGUUUUAAAGGAAAUGGCUGGUCCUGGUAUCCGCCUCUUCAGCUAUGCGAAGAGUCACAUUUGUCUUUGGAGUUUAUAACCAAAGAAGCCGAUGGCUUGAUUUUAUACAAUGGUCCCAUAGUACCUCCCAAAGCUGACGAGCUGGUAGUCACCGACUUUAUAGCCAUUGAACUGGAACAGGGUUAUCCUCGUUUACUUAUAGACUUUGGCUCGGGCACUUUAGAAUUGAGAAUUAAAACUAAAAAGACUUUAGACGAUGGUGUAUGGCAUAGGCUGGACAUAUUUUGGAAUUCCGAAAACAUACGCAUGGUAGUGGACUUUUGUCGUUCGGCAGAUGUCUAUGAAAUGGAGGAUGGCUCUACUCCUGAAUUUGAUGAUAACACUUGUCAAGCUCAAGGCACUAUACCACCUUUUAAUGAGGCUCUCAACUUAAAUACACCCCUCCAAUUGGGUGGUCUUUAUAGACAGCAUUUCGAUCAGUCGCUCUUCCACUGGCAAUAUGCCUUUACCUCUAAAGGAUUUGAUGGCUGCAUAAGAAACGUUGUGCACAAUUCGGAGCAUUAUGAUUUAGCAUUUCCCGCCUUGGCCCGCAAUAGCUAUCCCGGCUGUCCUCAAACUGAUGAGGUUUGCUUGAAAACCGAUCACACUGCCAGAUGUUGGGAACAAGGUAACUGUGUGGCCAGUUUAGUGCAGGCAAAAUGCCAUUGUCAGCCCGGCUGGAUGGGACCCAUGUGUAACAUACCCACCAUACCUACAACGUUCAAACCCCAAAGUUAUGUCAAAUUUGCCUUAUCCUUUGAACCCGAUCGUUUCUCCACCCAACUUCAGCUACGUUUUCGUACGAGGGAAAUGCAAGGUGAAAUCUUUCGUGUCUCCGAUCAACAUCAUCGUGAGUACGCCAUAUUGGAACUUCAGCAGGGACAUCUACAAUUCAGAUUUAAUUUGAACUCAUUAAGGCCAGAAGAACACAAUGUCGCCCUCACCUCCAUCACCGUCAAUGAUGGUCAAUGGCACGUGGUAAAAGUUAGCCGUUAUGGUUCAGCUGCUCUUAUCGAACUCGAUGGCGGUGAGGGUAGACGUUAUAAUGAAACAUUUAAUUAUCAUGGCCAUCAGUGGCUGACGAUUGACAAACAGGAGGGUGUGUAUGCCGGUGGCAAGGCCGAGUAUACAGGCGUUAAGACUUUUGAAGUUUUGGGAGAUUUUCAACGUUCCUGUCUAGAUGAUAUCAGAUUGGAUGGCAAACAUUUGCCUUUGCCGCCCUCCAUGAAUGGCACACAAUGGGGACAGGCAACAAUGGCUAGAAAUUUAGAACGUAAUUGUCCUUCAAAUCGUCCAUGUUCGAACAUAAUAUGUCCAGAUCCAUUUGAUUGUGUUGAUUUGUGGAAUGAAUAUGAAUGCACCUGCAGUGAAGGUCGUGUCAUGUCUGCCGAUACAAAGGGAUGUGUAGAUCGUAAUGAGUGUCUGGAUAUGCCAUGUCUUAAUGGUGCCACUUGUAUAAAUCUAGAGCCACGUUUACGUUAUCGUUGCAUAUGUCCCGAAGGUUAUUGGGGUGAAAAUUGUGAAUUGGUGCAGGAGGGUCAAAGACUAAAGUUGAGCAUGGGUGCAUUGGGUGCCAUCUUUGUGUGUCUUAUUAUUAUUUUAAUUUUAGCUCUUAUCUUUGUUCUGUACAAUCGUAAACGUAAAACAACAAAUAAAAAACGUAAUGGCCCAGAAAAAGAUGUACGUGAAACUGUGAUUAGUUACGAUGACGAAGGUGGUGGUGAGGAUGAUAUGACAGCAUUUGAUAUUACACCUCUACAGAUACCCAUAGGACAGGGUGGCAAUAUGCCACCUGACAUAGCUGCCUGUAAAGUGCCAAUAAUAUAUCCUGUUGUUACCUUAAUGCCCGGCCAAGAAUUAAAUGUGGGCUUUUUAAUGGAAGAACGUAAAAAACGCUGCGAUAAAGAUAUAAACGCGCCACCCUUUGAUGAUUUAAGAAAUUUCACUUAUGAAGGUAGUGGGAGUAUAGCUGAAUCAUUAAGUUCAUUGGCAUCAGGCACUGAUGAUGAGAAUCAAGACUUUAAUUUUUUGGAAACGUGGGGUCCACGUUUUAAUGCCUUGGCAGCAUUAUAUCUACAAGACAAAACGAAAACAAAAACAACAACUACAACUACGGCAGCAGUAACAACAGCAACAGCUGACGUUGUAGCUAAUGAAAAUGGUGUAUUAUAAAAUUAGAUUUAAAAUUAAAUUUAUACUAAAAUAAUUGUAAAUUAACUCAAAACUUAAACUUAACCGGCGAAAGAAAAACAAACAAACAAACAAACAAACCAAAAUUCAAUUGCCUCCAACAAGGCAAACAAAGCAAAACUAAUAUUAAGCCCAACAAAAUGUGUAUAAAAUCAAAAUGAACAGAUAAAAUUAAGAACAUAACAAAAAGGAAUUACAAUUAAAAUCUUUUUUACAUUUAGUUAGUAAGUAGAAAAUAGAUACAGUAAUAGAAACAAAUAUUGAAACAGCCUUUUUUUGCAACAACCAAAUAAAAUAACUCAACAGCAACAAAAACUAAAACAUAAAUAAGCCUCAAGCUGCAACAAACAACAAAAAAACCCAACACACUAGAAAAAUUAAAAAAAAAGUAAAAAAUAAAGAAUUUGGGAAAAAGGCAUUUGUACUGAUAGAAUGAACUGCAUACAAAAGUUUCUGUAAUUAUGGCCUACACAGUGAGUACUGUUACAAAUCUACAGACUGCUGUGUAUUUGCUGUACAAAAAAAUAUACAACGAAAAAAAAAAUGAAGUGAAAAAGCAGAAAUUACGUUUUCAGUGAAAAUAUUAUGAAAAAAAACUUGUUUAAAACAUCAGACACCCAGUCAGAUGGACGAACAACAUGUAGAUAUAACAACUACAAUGGAAACAGGCAACAGAAAAGCAAAAAUCAGGCAAGACUUGCCUGCCUCCAUACCAUGAUUUUCGUUGUUUGCAAUAUUUCUUUUAAAGGGAAAUUACAACUGCAAAUUACUACCUUAUUGCAAAAAGUAAUUUAAAGGAAUGAAAUUGUUGAAAUGACAAAUAAAAAAAACUGUAAUUUUAUUGCCAAACUUUAAGGUCCUCGGCCACAUAUCUAUUUUUUACGAUAACAGCAACAUCUUUAGCCUUUAUAACAAUAUUCACUUCCGGUGAUAUAGGUUGAACUAAAACCACCAUGGCUUACAUAUAUGAUCAGGCUUCUUCUAAGAUUUAAUGACAAUCUUAAUAUAGCCGUCAAAUCUAGCAAUGUUGAAAUCGCAUUAAGGUUCGAAACAAAUAUAAUUUAAAGUUCUUUUUAUAACGCAUCGAAAGUAUGUGUAAGUCAUGUGCGUAAAUUCGUCUGUCCGUCUUCCUCUAUCUGUUUGUCUUCCAUUUCUCAGACCAUCAGUUACAAACACGAAACAGACCAAUCGAAAGGAACUAAAGUUCCUAAAAUCAGUUUACAUUUCAUAUUCUCUGAUACUAAAUACAAAAGAUUUCUUUCCUUUAAUCAUCAGUGUUUAAAUAACAAAGAAAAAAUAAUUUAAAAAUACGAAAAAAAAACAACAAGCAAGCCAAAUAACAUCAGCAUCCAAGUUGUUGAUGAACGCGUAAAUUGUGUUGGCAGUAACAACUAUAAAUAAAUGCAGCAACAUCUUUUUCUUCAUCAUCACAAUAACCCACUCGCCUACGACCUACAUUUUCUUACAUACAACACCCUUACUUAAACAAUAACACAAUCAGCCUUACUCCACCCCUUAAAAAAAGGCUGAAAAUUUCCCCCUAAUAAAAUAAGCAGACAAACAAAAUUCCCAACAACUUUUAUAUAUUCUAGUUAUAAGUCUGUAUUGUAUUUUGUAUAUAAUUUGUAAAUAGUAGUAAAUUAAGUAAAAAUUUUUAUUAUAGUUAUUAUCCCUAUCAUUUAAUAGUUUUAUGGUUAGUAAAUAUUUAUAUUAUAAUAUAAAAAAAUAAAUAAACAUUUAAACAAUUUAAAAAAAAUAAUAAUAAUAAUAAACAAAAAACAUCUUGCAUUUAUUACAACUUCUUUAAAGUGUGUUGUACUAUUCAUAGUAUGUAUUUAAAUAUGAACAAAAAUAACAACUAUAACAACAAACAAAUAAUAUUAUAAAUAUAAUUAUAAUAAUAAAAUCCAUACCUAUAGACAUUUAUAAU